UCUACCCAUUAUGGCGGAGAAUGGAUCGUCUCAUCUGUUCAAAUGCAUGUUUUGUGUCUUGAAGCUGGUAUUUUAACCCAGAAUACAUUUCGUUUUACUUAAAGCACACUUCGUUUUAUUUGAACCACACUUCGUUUUAAGUCAUGGCAGACCGUGGCGUGGAUUUCUCCGGUAUACCGAAAGAGCUUCGAGACCAUUUGGCGGAGUUGGAAUUGGAGCUAUCAGAAGGUGACAUCACACAGAAGGGCUAUGAGAAGAAACGAACCAAGCUGCUGGCUCCCUUCCUCCCUCAGAUCACCAGUGUGGAUCUGCCUCUCCCAGACGUCCAGCAGCAGUCGUCCUCCGGACCUACCAGUGGUGAGCCCAGCCCUGCCAGCCCUGACCGUAGCCCUGCCAGUCCUGAGGCCCCUGGCCCCUCGUCUUCCUCCGGGGGCCGCAGAAACCGCAGCGGGGGAGCCAGGGACGACCGCUACAGAUCAGAUAUCCACACGGAGGCGGUACAGGCAGCGUUGGCCAAACACAAGGAGGAGAAGAUGGCGCUGCCCAUGCCCACCAAGCGCCGCUCAGCCUUCGUCCAGUCACCUGUAGACAACUGCACCCCUCCAGACACAUCGUCAGCAUCUGAGGACGAGGGUUCUCUGCGUCGCCAGGCGGCUCUGAGUGCAGCGCUGGCCCAGAGUCUCCAGAGCCCAGACUACUGGAUCAACCGCUCAGUGCAGAGCUCCUCCACCUCCUCCUCCGCCUCCUCCACCCUGUCCCACGGGGAAAAUAAGACUCAGCCGACCUCCGCGCUAGCCGACAUACUGGCAAGCACACGCAUAGAGAACAGUGUCCCCCCAGAUGUGACCUCCUACACCCCUGAGAGGGGUUCAAGGGUGGACUCCAGGGUGGACCUGCCCCCCAAUGCUAUGCCCAGGGUGAUGCCCCGAGGACAGAGCCGCACCAGCAUGCUGGAUACCACCGCUGACGGAAAGAGGAAAGGUGUGCCAGUGAACAGCCGUGUUUCCACUAAGAUCCAGCAGCUGCUCAACACUCUGAAGCGGCCCAAGAGACAAGCGCUCAGUGAGUUCUUCCUGGACGACUCCGAGGAGAUUGUAGAGGUGCCCCAGCCGGACCCCAACACCCCCAGGCCAGAGGGCCGUCAGAUCAUCCCAGUGAAGGGGGAGCCCCUGGGGGUGGUCAGUAACUGGCCCCCGGCCCUCCAGGCGGCCCUGGCACGCUGGGGGGCCACACAGGCCAAGAGCCCCGCUCUCACCGCCCUGGACGUUACCGGGAAACCCCUCUACACGCUGACAUAUGGUAAACUGUGGAGCCGCAGUCUGAAGCUGGCCUACACUCUGUUAAACAAACUGGGCACCAAGAACGAGCCUGUCCUGAGACCUGGAGAUAGGGUGGCGCUGGUGUACCCCAACAGUGACCCUGCGAUGUUCUGGGUGGCCUUCUAUGGCUGUCUCCUAGCAGAGGUCAUCCCUGUAGCCAUAGAGGUGCCACUGUCUCGACAAGACGCAGGCAGUCUUCAGAUUGGCUUCCUAUUGGGCAGCUGUGGCGUAGGCCUAGCCCUGACCAGCGAGAUCUGUCUCAAAGGACUGCCCAAGACACCCCAGGGAGAGAUCAUGCAGUUCAAAGGUUGGCCCCGUAUGAAGUGGGUUGUGACAGACACCAAGUACCUGACCAAGCCCUCGAAAGACUGGCAGCCCCACAUCCCCACUGCCAACACUGACACAGCUUACAUCGAGUACAAGGCCAGUAAAGAGGGGACAGUGAUGGGAGUAGCCGUGUCCAAGAUAGCCUUGUUGACCCACUGCCAGGCCCUGACACAGGCCUGCAACUACUGUGAAGGAGAAACGUUGGUCAACGUGCUAGAUUGUAAGAAGGACAUGGGCUUGUGGCACGGGGUGUUAACCAGUGUGAUGAACAGGAUCCACACCAUCACUGUACCCUACGCUGUCAUGAAGGCCUGUCCCAUGUCCUGGGUGCAGAGGGUCCACAUACACAAAGCACGUGUAGCCUUGGUGAAGUGUCGUGACCUCCACUGGGCUAUGAUGGCUCACAGGGACCAGAGAGACACCAACCUGUCCUCCAUACGCAUGCUCAUAGUAGCCGACGGAGCCAACCCCUGGUCUGUGUCGUCGUGCGAUGCCUUCCUCAACGUGUUCCAGUCUCAUGGGUUGAAGCCGGAGGUCAUCUGCCCCUGUGCCUCCUCUCCUGAAGCUCUCACCGUGGCUAUCCGCAGGCCUGGUGCCCGUGGUGCUGCCCUCCCAGCCAGAGCUAUCCUGUCCAUGGGCGGUCUGAGUCACGGGGUCAUCAGGGUCAACACAGAAGAUAAAAACUCUGCCCUCACUGUACAGGACGUGGGCCAUGUCAUGCCUGGAGCUCUGAUGUGUAUCGUGAAGCCAGACGGGCCUCCACAGCUCUGUAAGACAGAUGAGAUCGGAGAGAUAGUGUUGAACUCCAGGGCUGGAGGAACCAUGUACUACGGCCUGCCUGGAGUCACCAAGAACACCUUCGAGGUGAUUCCUGUGAACCAGGCUGGAGCUCCGAUAGGAGAGAUCCUCUUCACUAGGACUGGUCUUCUGGGCUUUGUAGGACCGGGCAGUCUGGUGUUUGUGGUGGGGAAGAACGAGGGGCUCCUGACAGUCAGUGGUAGACGACACAAUGCUGAUGACCUGGUGGCCACCGCCCUGGCCGUGGAGCCUGUCAAAACUGUCUACAGGGGGAGGAUUGCGGUGUUCUCAGUGACCGUGUUCUAUGACGAGAGGAUAGUGAUCGUAGCAGAGCAGAGACCUGAUGCCAGCGAAGAGGACAGCUUCCAGUGGAUGAGCAGAGUCCUACAGGCCAUAGACAGUAUUCAUCAGGUGGGUUUGUACUGUCUGGCCCUGGUCCCGGCCAACACGUUACCCAAGACCCCGCUGGGAGGGAUCCACAUCUCUGAGACCAAACAGAACUUCCUAGAGGGGAACUUGCACCCCUGUAACAUCCUCCUGUGUCCACACACCUGUGUCACAAACCUGCCCAAACCACGACAGAAACAGCCAGUUGGUGUGGGCCCGGCCUCUAUCAUGGUUGGUAACCUGGUAGCGGGGAAGAGGAUGGCCCAGGCUGCAGGCAGAGAGCUGGGGGUGGUGGAGGAGGAGGGCCUGGUCAGGAAGCACCAGUUUCUGUCUGAAGCCUUACAGUGGAGAGCCCAGACCGACCCUGACCACGUCCUCUAUGUGCUGCUCAACGCUAAGGGGGUAGCGGUGUGCACAGCCACGUGUAGUCAGCUGCAUAAGAGAGCAGAGAAGAUAACCUCAGCCCUGAUGGAGAGAGGAGGCCUCAACACUGGAGACAACGUGGUGCUGUUAUACCCCCCUGGCAUUGAUCUGAUAGCUGCGUUCUAUGGCUGUCUGUACGCGGGGGUGAUCCCUGUAACAGUGCGGCCCCCUCACCCCCAGAACCUGGCUGCUACUCUGCCCACCGUCCGCAUGAUCAUCGACGUGAGUAAAGCUGCCUGUAUCCUAACCACCCAGCUCCUCAUGAGGAUCCUCCGGUCCAAAGAGGCUGCUGCCAGUGUCAACGUCAAGACCUGGCCCACUAUCAUAGACACAGAUGACCUCCCCAGGAGGCGGCCCCCCCAGCUCUACAAGCCCCCCACAGCAGAGAUGCUGGCCUACCUGGACUUCAGUGUGUCCACCACAGGCAUGCUGACCGGGGUCAAGAUGUCCCACGCGGCGGUCAGUACUCUGUGUCGCUCCAUCAAGCUACAGUGUGAGCUCUACUCGUCACGCCAAAUCGCCAUCUGUCUGGACCCGUACUGCGGCCUGGGCUUCGUACAGUGGUGCCUCUCCAGUGUCUACUCAGGUCACCAGUCCAUCCUGAUCCCUCCUAUGGAGUUGGAGAUGUCCUUACCUCUGUGGCUGAGCACCCUGAGCCAGUACAAGAUCAGAGAUACCUUCUGCUCCUACUCUGUCAUGGAGCUCUGCACCAAGGGCCUGGGAAUGCAGACUGACGCACUUAAGGCGCGGGGUGUGAAUCUGUCGUGUGUGAGGAGCUGUGUGGUGAUAGCAGAGGAGCGUCCCCGGCUGGCCCUGACCCAGUCCUUCUCCAAGCUGUUUAAAGACCUGGGUCUCUCCCCCCGCGCGGUCAGCACAGCCUUCGGAUCCAGGGUCAAUCUAGCAAUCUGCCUACAGGGUACCGCUGGACCAGACCCCUCCACCGUCUAUGUAGACAUGAAGUCCCUCCGCCAUGACAGGGUGAGGUUGGUGGAGCGAGGUGCCCCCCAGAGUCUUUCCCUCAUGGAGUCAGGCACUAUUCUUCCAGGGGUGAGGGUGAUCAUUGUGAACCCAGAGACCAGGGGACCGCUGGGGGAUUCCCAUCUUGGAGAGAUCUGGAUUCAGAGUCCCCACAGUUCUAGUGGCUACUACACCAUCUAUGGAGAGGAGAGCUUGCAGGCGGACCACUUCAACACGCGGCUGAGUUUCGGGGAGCCACACACCCUGUGGGCCAGGACAGGAUAUCUGGGCUUUGUCAAGAGGACCGAGCUACUGGGGUCCACCGGAGAUCGGCAUGACGCCCUGUUUGUGGUGGGCCAGUUGGAUGAGACGUUGGAGCUCAGGGGGCUUCGCUACCACCCCAUUGACAUCGAGACGUCUGUGUCCCGGGCUCACCGCAGCAUCGCUGAGAGUGCUGUGUUCACAUGGACCAACCUCCUGGUGGUAGUGGCAGAGCUGGCCGGGUCGGAGCAGGAAGCCCUGGACCUGGUGCCUUUGGUGACCAACGUAGUUCUGGAGGAGCACCACCUGAUUGUGGGCGUGGUGGUCAUCGUGGACCCGGGGGUCAUACCCAUCAACUCCCGGGGAGAGAAGCAGAGGAUGCACCUCCGGGACUCGUUCCUGGCCGACCAGCUGGACCCCAUCUACGUGGCCUAUAACAUGUGAGAUGUGAGGAGGAGGGCCAAGCCCCAGACACACUGGGGUGAAGGGUGUGUAGAGACUCUGAGAAGGAGUUGAUGGACAGAGAGAGAGGCGGGGGGGGUGGGAUGGACUGCUCCUCCCGUGAACGGACCGCUCACAUUCACCCAUCUGGCAGUGGGACAGUGUGGCAGAACAGGAGUGGCGAUGGUGAAUGGGCUUGGACUUAGUUUAGCCACCCUGUUACAAUAUCUUCUGCCUCAGUGCACUCUCUCUUUCUCGGCCAGAGUCUACUAUCUAUGAAACAGAGACUAUGUUUAUUGAGUUUUUGGGUGGGAGUGAAGCUACAGCACGUCCGUCUGCAUGGGGUUGAGCUGCUUCUUACUGGUGCUUAUCCAACCACUCCACACCUCUCUCUAACAGAGGAGGAAGAGGAUUGGUUACUUCUCUUUAAUUGACAUUUAGGUCCACCUAUCAAGAAGAAGACGUUUGCCAAUACCCUCAUCCACUGUCUCUCCCCUCUUCUCUCCCCGACUGUGCCGAUCAAUGAUUUUAUCCCCAGACAUAAUAAUUAUUGUGCAUCUUGUUUUAUAGAAGAAGACAAAAACUGUAGAGAUGUGUUUCUCGUCUCAAUCCAUUCCCUGGUUUGUUUUUAGUUCAGCCUGUACCUUACGCUCUCCUUUCUCCUGAGUGGUCCACAGUCCGUCAUGUUUGUCAGGAUGGGACCGUGGAGCCAAUGAGACGAGCUGGAAGCUUCCCCCAUGCACUUUAACCUUUCCUUGUCCUUCCAUAAUCUGUCCUGUCUCUCCUAGCCUGGUCUCAGAUCAGUUUGUGCUGUGUUGCCAACUCCUCAUGUGACAAUGACCGUCGGAGUUGGAAAGACAAUGCAAACAGAUCUGAGACCAUGCUUGUAGUGUGUCCCAAAUGACACCCUAUUCCCUAUAUAGUGCACUACCAUAUGGGCCCCGGUCAAAAGUAGUGCACUAAAUAGGGAAUAGGGUGCUAUUUGAGACGUGUCUCCUGGGUAGUCGAUGGGAAACUGACUUCCUCUAACCACCAUUUUUCAUGAAGAAAUUCAAAUCAACAACUAUUCCAAACAAUACAAUACCGCCAGCAAGUACAGCUCACUUCAGGCAAACAAAUGCCUGCACCUCAGUAGCUGUACUUACUUCAGAGCUUCUGUCCCAUACAUCUAAGUUUGUUUUAACGGCUUACUGCUAUGUUACAAGCUUUCAGACUUGCUAGAAGAAGUCACUUUUAAAACCCACUUUGAAUUGGUAUGGAAUGAAAAAUAUGUGCAACAAACAUAUCAGCAGCAAACUCAAACAACAAAACAGACAAGCUUUUUAUUUUUGGACAAUAUUCUAAGUCAUCGAUGUAUGAGCGGGAAUCGCUCGAUGACAGUGAUCUCAUCGAUCAUGUAAAGAAAAUGAACUCCUGUUUAACUGUAAUGCUAUUCCAUGGGCUCAUGGUUAUAUGUCUGUGCAGCCAUAAGACAAGGUAAACUGGUGUAGAUAUUUACCUGUAAACAUCUGUAUUUACUAUAGUGCACCAUACAGUAAUGAAUUGUAAAUAAUCAUUAUUUAAAUGUCAAGCAAACACAAUACCGGUAAUAUGGAACAAUAAGAUUGACUUCUAAUAAACUGAUUAUCUUAUUGGCUGAUAUGAUAUCACGGAGGCUCCUAUACUGAAUCACUAUAUCUUAGCUUGAAUAAGUAUCAGUCAGUCAGUCAAUCGACUGCUAGCCUCUGUCACAGGCUUUCAACUAGCGAAGCCUGGCGUCCAAGGCUGGUCAAUUGCUAAGCUUGUUUCUUCAUUCUGUAGUGUCUAUUGAGCCACAAAGGGCAUCUUCAACUCUAUGACUAACUUCACGAGGCUACAUCUGGGUUAUCGGAAGACUGCUGCCCUGUGCCUUUGUAUUGUGUUAUCAUGAAACGUAACAUCUUCAUAAUCAAGGACUUGGUGUAUUACCAAAACAGUUUGCAGUGGGUAUAAGAUGAGAACAAUUUCUUGCCUUAUAAAACGUGUGGAACUUUUAACAUUUUUGUUUUUAUUUGUCAAAGGCUUUUAUUUUAUUGCUGUACUUGUGAUGAAUAGAAAAGGGAUUGUGGAGGGUAAGGUUGAGAUGUUGACUGUAUAGUGUAUAUUUUAGAGGUCAAAAACUGUUUAACUGGUGUUACAAUGUACAUUGAAAUUAUGAACUUAUUCUUUAUGUUGAUAAAACUUGACUGAUCUUUCAUACUUGACAGCAAAUCUCUGCAUUACUGACUUAAAAAUAGGCUAAGUAACAAAUUGCAAAAUUCAAAGAAGUGUAUCUUAUGGUUUGGCAGGUGGUAAUAUUUUGCACUUUCCCAUAUCAUUAUUACGUGUGUGUGUGUGUGUGUGUGUGUGAUCGUAUGGUUUAAAUGGUGACAUUGUUUGUCUUUCCUUGUGCAAAAAAGUUUCAUUGCCCUUUUUAAUUAAAUUAACAUUGAAAUAUUGAACAAUAUUUUAGUUCCAGAUUGGCCUAUUUUAUGUCAAAUUCACUGUACUACAAUUUUUUAUUGGUUGAUCAACCACUUUUUUUUCAUCCAAUGAGACAUUAUUGAUUUAAAUGUAAUUGUAAUGGUUUUUCAUGCAAAAUUGUAUGUUCUCUUUGUCAUGAACUCUUCUUUCAACUAUCCUACAUUAACAGCACAACUCUGUUGCAAAACAAAAGCCUUGUUUGAUUUGGAAGUAGUUAAGACUACUUGAUUGACAGACAAACAUUGUAAUUUGUAAGUCCAUCUUUUGAGUGAAGUUGAAAUUUAAUGGUUCAUAAAUAAAUGUAUUGAACACCUUC